AUGGCGACUGUCUGGAAUCCAACGAUUGCCACGGCUAAAGAUCUUCCCCCGCACGAGGACGAUGAGCCCAUUUCGACCAAGGCCACCGACUGCGAGUCGAACUUCUCAAAAAGUGUCCGACUCAUGGAAUCACAUGGAGAGGAAGAAUAUGCAGAAAUUUUACGGAAGCUUCAGGCCAAGUUUGUCGACUGGACGGCUUAUCUUGGCGUCUUCGCUGGGGGAAAGGCAAGUCUCGACCAGCGCCUGAGGCGUCAUCCUCGAUAUCAAGACCUCGUUCUUUUGGUCUUGGACAUGCUCAACAUAAAUCUUAUUCAAACCACAGUCGACCCCGAUGACGCAGGGUCGGAUGAAUCCUCAGAUGACGGCGUGGAUCGACGAAAAGUCGAACUCAGCGGUAUCCAGAAGUCGAUAAACGAGCUCGAUCGACUCGCAAUCUAUAUUCGGCAGUCUUCUACGUCCUCCUUCGAUGCCCGAGUCAAAGCUUUCGGAGCAAGGAAGCCCGCGGAGAUUUCGUCAUUUGAGGUGAAAACGAUGCUCGCAGUCAAUGGUCUCUAUCCGGAAGCCUCUGAAAGCCUUCGUCAGCAUUUGAGCAAAUCAAUGAUGAAGCGAUACACGAGGCUUUUAUACUGGAAAUUUCACGACAAGAAACUGCGCGCUGACCGUCGCCGCGAUGGGCAGCCUCGGCAUACGCAACCGAGAUCAACGCCUUCGCAUGCUAUGGAACCGCCACAACGACUGCGAUCAAUGGAGGACAGCGCUUCGGCUCUGCCAAAACCCGAAGAGAGCAAGGUGUCCAAAGGUACCACGUUCCUGUCUGGAACUGUUCCAUCGAAUGCAGGAUCCAACCUCGUCAUACCACCGGCGGAAGGUGAGAUGCCAGUACUAAGCCGAGCUAGGGCAUCAACCGUUCUCAGAAGCGGAGCGAAAUUCCCUGAGCCUCCCCAGUUCAAAGGUGAAGAGGAUCGAAAGCCCUGUCAUCUCUGCCGAAAGAUCUUCUCUAAGGCAGAUUUCGAGGACGAAUUUUGGUGGAGGCGCCAUGUAAACGGCGACUUGUUUCCGUUUCCCUGCGUUUCAAACACUUGUUCGGAGUCCCCAACUUUUGCCAGCCGAUCUGAGUGGACAGGUCACAUGGAGCGUGAUCAUGGCGUCUUCUGGUCACGAGGCCCAAGCAUUCCAAACCGCGAUAAAGAAACAGCUCCCGACCCUCAAGCGACAGCAAAUCUCGGUCAACUUGUAGAUAUUUGUCCCCUAUGUUGCCUACCUCUCGAAGAAUCCGGAGAUGCUCGUACCGGCAUUCAUCAAUCCACGGUGGUACCCGCACCGCAAACCUCCAACGAAUCGCCAGAAACACUGCUGCUUGAUUCUAAAAAGAUGGAAUCCAAGACACCAUCUAGCCGUAGCAAGGACAAAAGAUCUGUACAAUUUGACUUCACGAAGCUGGAUUCCGAGCCAGCAGGCGAGGGAGCGGGUCCGCCCGCAACCAACAUGGAAGUUGUGAAGGCAGAUGAGUGUGGGACACAAAAGACAGCCAAUACUGUGACUAUGAUGCUGAAACACAUCGCCGAUCACCUGCAAUUUCUGGCCCUACUCACACCGCGAUUGUCUACGGAGAAACUCGCAGUUGGAGACGUGCAUGCCUUCCCAAGCUCCCAAGCAAGCACAAGCGACAGGGCUCCUGGAAAGAGAAGUACUCUGAACAACGAAUUCGAAUUUGUUCAAGGAGACGAGGUGAAUGAAGCGGACAUGCAUGGGAUUUUGCAGGAGAACUUUCUGGAGAAAGGACCACGGAAUGAAGAGGUGGAAUCAACAACGCCGAUUGACUGGAGCAUCUAUUCGAUCCCGAUGCAAACUACUAAGGAAGACACUGUGAUUGAGCAUAUGUACACUCUCCAGAAAUUCAAACACGUCGACACCUACGUCAAAGACACGCCUGCGCUGGAGGCCUUCUUCAAGGACAACAAGGAGUUCAUGCAGGACAUAGCGAAAAAGGCAGUGGACCUUGCCAACGACCCCACCACAGACUUGGGCAGCCCAGAAGUCCUCCCCAAGACCAUCAAAGUGACCAUGCAUCAGCAGGUCAUCUACUGCGACGACAGCAGCUCCAUGGUCACCGCAAAAGGCACGGCUGAAAAAAGAUGGGAAAACCAAAAGAGCCUCGCCCUGCGCAUUGCGCGGACCAUGACCCGCAUCCUCCCCGACCGCGAGGGCGUCGCCCUCCGCUUCAUUAACCAGACAACCAACGAGUCCCCCUCCCUGGACCUCGAGGGCAUCGGGCGGGCCCUCGACUUGGCCGAUCCGAAGGGCAACACGCCCAUCGGCACGACGCUGCGAGAGCGUAUCCUCAAGCCGCUGGUGUUCAACCCGCUCGCGGUGGGCAAGCUGAAGAGGCCGCUGCUUGUAUCCGUUCUUACCGAUGGGGGCCCGACGCCCGAGGCCCCGGGCACGCUGGCGAGUGUGAUUGUCGAGUGUGGGAAUGAGUUGGAGAGGAAGGGGUAUCCGAGGGACUGCGUGAAGUUCUUGAUCGGCCAGGUCGGGUCGUCGAAAGCAGCCUUCGAAUUUCUGGACACGCUCAGGGACAACCCGGCCAUUGCCAGCGUAUCGCAUAUCUUUGCGGGCAGGAUGGAUGACAAGUUCAAGUCGUUUCGUGAUGAGCGGAGUUUAGACCGAUGGCUGGUUGAGACGCUGUUCAAGCCCUUAGCGGCUGCUGAGGCUAAGAAGAAGGAGGGAUAGCCACACUCUUGGGUUUCGUCUUCGGCUUGACGGUGUGAUUCCUGGGGCGGAAAGCCUGUCUUCCAAGUUGUCACUCGAAUCUCGACACCAAGUCUAGAGUCUGAGAUUUUGAGAAAUUGCAUACAUUAUCCAUCAUUUCAAACUACAACUUCCCAUCCAAUUCUAGCCACCUCUACC